UAAUGGUUGCUCAAAAGUGUUCUCUAAAUUAAUUAGUUAAAUACUAAUGAUUUUUCAUUAAACACGCUAUCAAUGUUUGUAAACAACUAUUAAUUCUCUAAAUCUACGCUUUAAAGUACGGCGUUAGAGAAGAAAACAAGCGUUGGGUUUUUGUUUUUGGAGUUUAAAGAUAUAAACUGUUUGGGGUGUCAAAAUUUGAUGGUUCCUUUGGCUUCGUCUCGAACUCUGGAAAUUUGUAAAGAUGCAGCUGGAAUCGCCGGGAACAUCUUUGCUUUUGGGUUGUUCCUGUCUCCAAUACCUACAUUCAGGAGAAUAAUGAGAAAUCAAUCAACUGAACAGUUCUCGGGGUUGCCAUACAUAUAUGGGCUCUUGAACUGCUUGAUCUGUGCUUGGUACGGCACACCUCUUGUAUCUCCUGACAAUUUGUUGGUAACAACAGUCAAUUCAGUUGGUGCUGUUUUUCAACUUGCCUACAUUGUACUUUUUGUAAUGCAUACAGAGAAAGAGAAAAAGUUCAGGAUGCUGGGAUGCAUACUCACAGUCUUUGGCCUAUUUGCUAUUAUUGUAAUUGGAAGCUUGCUUAUACUUGACCUUCAACUCCGGCGCAUCAUUAUUGGCUCCCUGAGUUGUGCUUCCCUCAUAUCAAUGUUUGCCUCCCCACUGUUUAUUAUUAAUCUGGUGAUCAGGACCAGGAGCGUCGAAUUCAUGCCAUUUUACCUGUCCCUCUCCACCUUCCUAAUGAGUGCCUCUUUCUUUUUGUAUGGAACUUUCAGUUUUGAUCUGUUUAUAUAUGUGCCAAAUGGCAUUGGAACACUUUUAGGAGUCGUACAAUUGCUUUUAUUUGCAUAUUACAAAAAUUCUUCUACGGGAGACUCUACUGAACGCUUAGUGGUGUCUUAUCCGUUCACCUACGCAGAAAGGUGAGAAUAAGUGCUCGCUGGAUUGUAUGGAGAAUGGUGGAAGCCAAGCACAAGCUGACUGCAGUUUCCUAGUCAUUGGACGUCUUCAACUAAACCUGGUUCCUGAAUAGUAUCUGUUUUCUGCAUAUAUUCUGCCAAGUUGAAACAGGAGAACUUUGUGUGGAUCCACAAUGCACAUUUUCUUUAUCUUGUUCCUGUUUUCCUUUUCAAACUCAUUCUUCUGAUGUGGAUGGAAUGAAGAUGCAGAAUUACUUCAAAACAAAGUAAUUGAUGGUAGCACAUAUAAUUGCGAUUGAAUUUGUACA